AUGUCAGAAAAGUCAUCAGUACCCGGCCCAACCGUGCUCGCGCCGUAUCUCGACGCAGUGACGAGCGUUUUCCACCCGAUCGCGCACCCGCUCGUCAAUGCGAGCAAUCGGUUCAACGCAUGGAAGGAGAACUUUGGCUUGGUCCAGCCCGGGACGGUUGAGGGAUUGACGAGGGAGAUUAGUCAGGUGCACUUGGCAAACUGGUUCUUUGAAGGCGCGAGAGCGGAUGUUUCCAAGGUCAUCUCGGCCAACCCUGCAUUCCAGCUGCAACACUCGUUCGCGCUCGGAGGGCAGUCGGGGGGAAAGUACAACUUUGGAGCUAUCUGGACCAACAACCAGACGUUCCUCCAGGGUGGUGUGGACGGUUCUGGAGCGGUGACUAUGCGUGCAAACCAGAACUGGGAUCGCAGAAACACGACCAAGAUCCAGGGACAGUUGACGAGCGAAGCCGGCCGGUCGAUGUUGCAAGCCGAGCACGAUAUCCUCGGGGACCACUACUCUGUCAACCUGAAAACAAUAAACCCCGGUGUCCUCGACGGGACCGGUAUCCACAUUGGCUCCAUCUUCCACUCGCUCUCCCCCCGCCUAUCCGCGGGAUUCGAGACGGUUGUCCACUCUCAAUCCCCCGGCGCAUUCGAAACCGCCACUUCAUGGAUGGCGAAACUCACUUCUCUCCCUUCCGCCUCCUCCCUCGCUUCCGCGGCGCUUACGCCUGUCGGGCAGGCACCGAUCCCCAUGCCCUUCAACCCAUCGUGGACCGCCACUGCCCAGCUCCAGAGCACAGGCAACAUCCAGACGACAUACUACCAGAAGGUGUCCGACAAGGUGGAUGUCGCCUUGGACUUCCAGACGGUCUUCCAGCCGGAGAGUAUGAUGGGCCCGGCAAAGAGGGAUGCUGUGGCUACACUGGGCGCAAAGUACGAUUUCAGGCUCGCGACGUUCAGGGCGCAGCUGGAUAGUACGUGGAAAGUGGGGAUGUUGCUGGAGCAGCGGUUCACACCGGCGUUUGCGUUCUUGGUGGGAGGGGAGAUUGACCACAAGAAGAACACUUCGCGAUUCGGUGUUGGAAUCAUGAUCGAGUCAUCCAGCAUGACACAAGAGGAAAUGAUUGCCGCUGGUAUGCUGCAGCCGGUGUAG